AUGGGAAGGGAUUACUACGCCAUUCUUGGCGUUUCGAAAACAGCUGACGAAAAUGAGAUUAAAAAAGCUUAUCGUAAGAUGGCGAUUAAAUGGCACCCGGAUAAAAACCCCGACAGAAAGGAUGAGGCGCAGAAAAAGUUCCAAGAGAUUUCCGAGGCUUAUGAGGUUCUAACCGACCCCCAAAAGCGGGACAUAUACGACAAGCUGGGGGAGGAGGGUUUGAAGGCGGGCAUGGGCGGGGGUCCGGGUCCAGGGGGUGGUGCGAACUUCAGCCGCUUCCGCCGACCAGAGGACCUCUUUGCCGAGCUGUUUGGCGGUCGCAGCCCUUUUGGCAUGGCAGACGAUGACGACGGCUUCAUGGGCGGGAUGGGCGGCUUCCCCUUCGGCAUGGGGGGAUUUCCCGGAAUGGGCGGCAUGGGGGGGAUGGGCGGCAUGGGGGGAAUGGGGGGGAUGGGGGGAAUGGGCGGGGGGCGGCGAUCUGCUGGGCCUCCGAAGGCCAAACCCAUUGAACAUAAGCUCAACCUAUCUUUGGAGGACUUGUACAGCGGUGUGAGCAAGAAGAUGAAGAUCAACCGCAAGGUGCGGGGGGAGCCCGCGGAGGAGAUUGUGGAGAUCGUGGUGAAACCCGGCUGGAAGAAGGGGACGAGAAUCACCUUUCAAGAAAGAGGUGAUGAGGAGCCGGGUAUCAUCCCCGCGGAUAUCGUGUUUGUUUUGGACGAGAAACACCACCCGCACUUCCGGCGGGAGGGCUCCGACCUGUACUACACUGCCGUACUGUCCUUGGCGGACGCGCUGUGCGGUACAACGUUGCGAAUCCCUCACCUCGACGGGUCAACAAUUGAGCUCCCAGUCAGAGACGUGAUACGGCCGGGGGAAACCAAAUUCUUGCGCGGCAAGGGUAUGCCCAUCACCAAGGAACCGGGCAGCUUUGGCAACCUGGUGGUCAAAUUCGAUGUGCGCUUCCCCCGCGACCUGUCCGAGGUCACCAAGCAGCAGCUCAGGGGCCUACUCCCCACCGCAUGA